UCCGAAGUCCUGAAGUGUGUACAGAGUGUAUAUGUGUGUUUAGUAUGAGAAGAUCGUCCUAAGCUCCUGGAGAGACAACGUGCAGUCCAUGUCACCUUGUUUACUAGUAAACUGUCAGCAUGCCCAAAGCAGUAGCUGGACUGGUGAAUGUGUUGGAGUCAUACAGAGGGAGAGACAGAAUGAUGCGAACAUUGUGCUACAGCUGCCAGUUACUUGGUGGUGUCAUUACACAGAAGCAUGGAGACCAACAGCAGUAUGGAAAAAGCUUUCUCAUUAUAGCUUCACAGCUAAGCCACUGCCGGACUGUACUGAGGCUGUUUGAUGACCUGUCUAUGCUUACAUAUUCUUUUCAGUAUGGCCUAGGAAAAAAAGAGGAGGACCGUCUUAUCCGCUGGAUAUCUGUCAUUGGCAAUAUAUUUGAUCAGCUCUACUACCCGUGUGAGCAUGUGGCCUGGGCUGCUGAUGCUGGGGUGAUUCACACCAAAUCUGAUAUUUGGUGGACUGCGAGCACUGCCCUUUGGGGUCUUUCACUUUUAGUAGGAAUAAUAAGGUCUUUAAGAAAUUUACUAAAACUGAGAAGAUCUAAAGGAAAACAUUCUGAGAGUGGUCUGCCAAGAAGCCGAGGUGAAAUCAAAUUUCAGAUGAGGUCAGAUCUUUUAUGCACGAUCGGCUGUCUCUGCGAUCUGACUAAUGCCAUCCACUGGAUGCCCCCUGGUUUUCUCUGGGGAGGUUGUUCUCCUACAUGGUUGGUGGGUCUGAUGGGGACAAUCUCGUCAUUGAUUGGAAUCUACCAGACUGCUGUUGGGGGAAGUGCUGCAGGAGUAUGAAAUGAAGACUAUGGGAGUAGGUUUUAAACGCUGUGGGUUCACCCUGCCCUCCUCAUCCUACCUGAUUUAUGGUUCUCUAAAAUGGCACUGAUCCACUGU